AUGUUUGUCAAUUGGUUGUGUGUCCGUUAUGUGGUUUCAAGCUAUUCGCCGAGUGUUUAUGGGGAAGACAUCAGACAGGCGACAAUUACGUCCACUUCAUCAAACGAGGAAUUACAUAUCACUGAACAAGAGGUAAGCAACAACAACGAUCUGAAAGGGACAAAGAACAAUUCUCCGUCUGUGAUGUAUGUCAUGUCUGGAGUCUCAGACUGCGGUCUACCCCAGAGAACGGUUCAUCCGUAUUGGUCCUGGGUGCCUUGCAUCGUCUGUAAUCAUUCCCGUCCCCCGAGGUGCCACCACUGUGCUCUGUGUCGGACGUGUGUGCUCAAACGGGACCAUCACUGCUUUUUUGUCGGUUCUUGUGUAGGAUAUCGAAACAUGCGACACUUCAUUGUGUUUUGUUUUUGGGGUUCUGUGGCAUGUUUAUAUGCUGCAAUCCACUCAAGCCUUUACUAUUAUUAUAUUAUGUUCGAGCAGACGACGAUCUUGGACAUGUUUCCGGUCUCUGUGCACAUGCGCUGGUGUUUUGGACGAGCCAGCGGAAAAACCACAACGCUCACCUCUGUGUUGUGGUCUUUGAUUUUCUUUUUUCCCUUGACGUUUCAUUUUCUGUAUAUAAAUAUGGACAUGAUAGUGAAAGGACAGACGUCGUUUGAACGUGAUAACAACAUUAGGAUGUCAGAUGGCCGGUCAGUACAAAAUAAACUUAAAUCUGUUUUUGGUCGAUAUUGGUAUCUGAAUAUAAUCGUGCCUUUACACAGCCUAUUCCCAGCAUUGGAGGACCCAGUGCACUGGCCAGACGUCCACCCGUAGAUCACGUGACAAUAUACCCUAUUGACUGUUAGGGAAUAUUACCGUGCCUUUACACAGCCUAUUCCCAGCAUUGGAGGAUCCGAUGUACUGAUAAUUUGUCCACAGACUAUCAGAAUGUUAA